UGUAAGCUGCAAGAAACACGACUUUGGUAUGUGAAUGUCUGUAGGAAAUGUAACACAAUUGUACACUGAUACUCAUGGUGUCGCUGCUGUCCAACAAUAUGGCUCUGAAUUGUGAAUAUAUCCCGUGCCCACGUCACAUCACAGUCAGUCGUACAGGGCAGCUUUACAGGGUGUACUGUUUUCCAGGCUUCAGACACAACGAGCUCAGCAAUAGGACUAUAAUGGAUUUUACUUCAAAUUAAACCAAUCUUAAAUUAAUAAACAUAUUUGAUACUUAACUAUCAACGGCGAUCUAAUACAGAAAUAAUCGAGCGAUUUCUACCCCCAAUUCCUAGACAGCGGGGAUUUUUUUUUUGUUGGUCAUGUCUAAGAGAAGGUGCCGUUUUGGAUCUCCUAUUCUCCAUUUCAUUCUUCUAUCCUGGUUUUGGAACAGGUCUUCUGCGCAACUACGUUAUUCAAUUCCCGAAGAAUCAGAUCAUGGCACUUUUGUUGGAAAUAUAGCUCAAGAUUUGGGUAUCGAUAUAAAAGAACUGCUGAAUCGCCGCUUUCGUAUCGUUUCAGGAUCAAAGCAGCAGCAUCUUCAGGUAAAUCAAAACAAUGGCGUUUUGUUUGUUGACCAAAAUAUAGACAGAGAGCACAUGUGCGAUCAAAACCCUGACUGUUUAAUAAGUCUCAAGAUUGUUCUUGAAAAUCCUCUCGAAAUUCACUACGUUGACGUGAAAAUUGUUGAUAUAAAUGACCACGCUCCUGCAUUCUCUGACAAUGAGACAUAUUUGGAAAUGUCAGAGUCUUCUCAGGUAGGAGCACGCUUCACUUUAGAGAGUGCGCAAGAUCCAGAUGUUGGUUCCAACUCUCUUCACUCAUAUCGACUAAAUAAAAAUGAACACUUUGAGCUGGCUGAAUAUAGCAAAAUCCCGGUAUUAGUACUGCAGAGACCUUUAGACAGAGAGCAGAGUGGGAUGCACUAUUUGAUUCUAACAGCAUUGGAUGGCGGAAACCCACAGAGAUCUGGUAUACUGCAAAUAACUAUAACUGUUCUUGAUAUCAAUGACAAUACUCCCGUUUUUGACAAUCAUGUAUAUUCUAUAGAUUUGCAAGAAAACACACCAAGGGAUACUGUUGUUUUAAAAUUAAAUGCAUCAGAUUUGGACGAAGGUCUCAAUGGUGAAAUAAUGUACGCAUUUGGAAAAAGCAACAAAGAUACAGUAUAUGAACUAUUCAGCAUAGAUAAAAACACCGGGGAAAUCAAAGUGAAGGGGUCAAUAGAUUAUGAAGCAAAUAUAGCCUUUGAGAUUGAUGUCCAGGCUACUGAUAGGGGCAACGCCCCCAUGUCAGUUCACUGCAGUGUAGUUAUACACAUUAUAGAUGUCAACGACAAUACACCAGAAAUAGAGAUGACCUCAUUGACAAAUUACAUUUCCGAGGACGCACCACCUGGAACUGCUGUAGCUCUGAUUAACGUCAUUGACACCGAUUCUGGUGUUAAUAGUAAGACUGUAUGCAAAUUAUCCGAAGAUGUUCCAUUUGAGUUAAAACCAACUUAUAAGGACAAUUUUUAUUCGGUAAUUACAAAUGAACGCUUAGACCGCGAGGUUACUUCUCAGCACAACAUUACAGUAACAGCACAGGACAUGGGUGAACCUCCUCUAUCGUCCUUUAAAACCUUCUCAGUGACGGUUUCUGAUGUAAACGAUAACAAACCUCAGUUUACACAAAAUUCAUAUACGUUUUACGUUCUUGAAAACAACGUCCCUGGCGCUUCCAUUCUAUCUGUAAAAGCGUUUGAUCUGGACCAGAAUGAAAAUGCAAGAAUAUCAUAUUUAAUUCAGGAUACCCUCAUUGAAAACAGCCCAGUCUCAUCUUUUGUAUCCAUUCAUUCUCAGAAUGGGAAUGUCUAUGCCACCAACAGUUUUGACUUUGAAAAGCUGAAACAAUUCCAAUUCUACGUUCUAGCAAGCGACUCUGGUGUGCCAUCACUCAGUAGCAACGUUACUGUAAACGUUUUUGUUCUUGAUCAAAAUGACAAUGCUCCAGUGAUCUUGUUUCCAUUACCAAAUGAUGGGUCUAGUGUUUCCUCUGAGGCUGUUCCUAGAAAUGUGAAGGCAGGCUAUUUGAUUACGAAAAUCAGAGCAUAUGAUGCUGACUUAGGAUAUAACGCUUGGUUAUCGUUUUCACUGCAAGACGCUACUGACCCGAGCGUAUUCGGAGUAAGUCUCUAUACAGGAGAAAUCAGAACACUUCGCCGUCUUACUGAAAGUGAUAACGUCCUUCAAAAGCUUACCAUACAUGUAAAGGAUAGUGGGAACAUUUCUCUAUCUACAACAAUGACUCUACACAUCACUAUUGUCGCGGUUACAGAGGGUGAUCUAUUUUCUGAACUCAAGGGAACGUCCAGUAAGCCAGAAGAGAAUGAUAUCACCUUUUACCUAAUAAUAACACUAGGAUCAGUUUCAUCAUUAUUUGUUAUCAGUAUAAUCACCCUGGUUGCUCUUCAAUGUUGUAAAGCCAGAGAUAAUUUUGUUAGCAAAUACCCUUACAAUCCUAACUAUGGGGAGGUCAGCGGGGACGGUUCGCUUUACCGUAGCUACCAGUACAGAAUGUGUUCAAAUGUUGUUCAAAAUGAUUUGAUGUUCGUCAAACCUGAUCUGAACGCUGGCGCCUCCAUGGACAUUGGAAGUAAUGAAAACAAGCUGAUAAUCUCAGAAAUUGGAAUGAAACCGUCAAGAGAAGUAAGUCGUACUUAAAAGUCUUUAUAUCUACUAUGCAUUGCAUUGUAAAUUCCCUG